AUGAGCUCCCUGAACGAGGACGAGGGAUCUGUUUCCAGGGAGGGGUUGGAUCCAGAGAGCGGACAGAGGGCCGGCGCAGUAGGCUUUGCUUUGGAGUUGCCGCAGAACAGAGAAGGCGAGGUUGAGCACCAGGGCCAGGGUGAGGGCGAGGGCCAGUUCCCAGAUUCUGAGGGCUUCGUGGGCGACCAGCAUGUGAUGGAAGUGGCAGAGCAGGUGGCCCAGGGCUGGGAAGGCAGAAGUGGUUCCCCGGCCGACUCUGAGGGCGCCACUUGGGCCUUAUUUGGCAAUACGGUUGCAAUGCCCCUCCCGCAGCGGCUGCCCACCCGAGCUGGCUGGGGUUCCCGCAGAAGCCUGUUCCCAGAGAGCAGGGACAGAGAGGUGUCCACUGUGUGGUUGGAGCCAGAGCCAGGUCCCAGGGGUAGAGGCACGAGGGCCCAUGGCUGGCUGGGAUCGCAGAUAUCCCCGGGCGUCUCGUUCCACUUCAGGGGGCCUGAAGGAGACUGCGUCUGGGGAAGCCCUAAGCAAGGGGUGAGGUAUAGGUCCAAAGCCAGUGUGGGUCGCCAGCGUGCCUUCGAGGAAGGCCUGGAGAGCUUGCCGUGGUCUGACUCUGAUUCGUCCGAUGAGUUCAGUGAGAUGCAGCUCACAGGGGGGAGUAUUCGUCAGAAAGGAGGGGGCUGGGCCAAACUCGAAAGCCUCAGUGACACACGCAGUCCCUGGAGCAGCUCUGCCAGGGAGAAGUUCCUUCCCUUGCCAGGUCCUUGCCUGUCCUUUGCGCCUCAAACACUGUCUUCGGGCGAGGCAGGGCAGGCUGUUAGGGACCCGGAAGUGUCCUCUGAGGAACCACACAGUGUCCCCUGGGGAGAGGCUGGGAGUGGGCCCAGCUACCUGCCCUUAGUGGCUGCUGCAGGUGAGCUGCCCAAGGCCACUCCUAGAGGGAACGUGGCCCAGGAGGUGACAGCCCUGGAGAGGGCCACCAAAGUUGUCCUCGAAGGUUUCUGUCAUAUGCCGGGCCAGAGAGGUUCAGGAGCUCCCCAGGAUCCAGCCACCUCCUCUUGGAUUGGUGGUGUUCCGCUGUUUGGGACGGGCAAUAGUCAUGCCUUGGCCCCUAUUGGAACCAAAGAGUCCAAGCCCACUGGCGCUGGGCAGGAGUCUGUGGCCCAGAGGAACAGUGGGUCCGAGCCAGUGGUGGGAGAAGGAGACGCUGAGGAGCCGGGCAGAGAACCGUUCCCAGAGAGCGAAGUGACCUGGAACCUCCUGAGGAACUCCCAAGACCUGAAAGGCUGCAGCAGCCAGAGCAACCACCUGGAGCAGAGGCUUGUCCUCAGCGGCCAUGCAGUCCCUGAUCGAGAAGCUCCUGGGACAUUGAUGUGGAACCUAGCACCUUCCGGCAAGAACAGCAGUUGGUACCGUUGUACCCCUUGA